AUGUCACAUGAAUAUUUAUUUAAAUAUUUUAUAUUGAUUGUUGUUUUUAUCGAUAUUAAAUUUGCUCUUGCUGAUGAUGAUGAUGAUCGGUGUGUGAUAAGCUUCAGUGAUCUGGUGGAAGAGUGCGACGGCUUCGACAAUCAGUUUGCAAAAUUGAAUUCCAUGUCCUUAGGAUAUGUUCACAAUAAUGGAAGUGGAGUCAGCCUAUCUGGCACAAUAAGUUUGUCCGACGAAAUUGAUGACGGAUAUCAGUUAGAGUUACAAAUAGCAAAAGUAUCUGGUUCAUCGUGUAAUGAUAUUAUGUGGAUAGCAGCGAGUAACAUAUGCGCUAGUUUGAAAGAGGAAGACAUGCCAUGGUACGAACUAGUAAAGAAUUUGAACAUAGAAGAAUGUCCAAUUGUUAAGGCUGACUACGUGAUGGACAACCUACUAAUAGAAGACGGCUCGGCAUCGGACUUCUGUACUCCCGAAAUGGUUGGAGAAUAUUGUAUACAGCUAUCGAUCACAAACAGUAGGAACCAGGAAGUAGUGUGUUACACUUCAUACAUCAGUGUAGAGGGCGGCGACAAAUAA